AUCAAAUGCAACUGUGGAAAGAUGUUGACAAAGGAGAGUACUAUAAAAUCGAUAUCUACAAAGGAGGACAACAUAAAUGCCUCCAAAAUGGCACACAUUUGAAAAAAUUCUUCCCAGAAGUUACUGGGACGCUCAACUUUGAGCAAAGAGCAAAUGUUUCUCAUAUUGAUAGGAACGAAAUCCUUCCUAAAUUAAAUUCAGUAGAAAAUAUUACUUACAAACCCAAUUUGAGCAAGCUUCAUGGAUAUAGUCAAAUGCCCAAUAUGCUUAUAAAUAAGAAUUCCUCCACAGCAACCAAUACUGCAUCCUUUCUCCUUUCAAAAUGGAACAAAAGCAAUUUUAACAAAAAGAGAGCAUGUAAAUAAAGCUAACAGGAGAUCAAUGGUGCAUUAUGCUCCCGACCUCAAUAAGGAUCAUGAUCUGAAACUUAAGAAUCCCAACACAGUUUUAGAGCAUACUUUUCAGUCCCAGCAAAAGAAAAUUGGUCCGAUACAUACAACUCAGGAAGGAAUAUUUCCCAUAAAAACUACUCAGGCUAAGAACAACAAUAUUCUGUCUUCUUAUAUAAAUGAUGGAAUCAGUUUGAAAGACCAAUCAGUGCCUUAUAAGAAAAGAAGAACCUCGAUGAUGAAAGAUCUCUCUUCGGUCAUGAAGCCUUCCUCUGGUACAGUAUUUAACAGAUAUAAAUAAACGGAAAUCUCUUGUUGAAAAAGUCAAAGAUGAAACUCUUCAGGCAAGUCAUCUCAAAAAUAUGAGAGAAAUAAUGAACAAUUCAAUCUCAGAUUUUGGGUCUCCAAAUGACAUCAACCCAGCUGAAACUGAAAUAGAAGAGGAAUCAGACCUUGAGAAAUCUCAGAGGUUGAGUGUUGAAAAGCUUAAGAAAAGGAUGGGCUUGGAUAAAUAAAAUAUAUUCCACUGAGAUUGAUCUCCAUGCAAAAACUACAAAGGCAAGAGCCAGUAGAAAGUUUCCUAUUUACAUCAAGACAGAAGGAGAGAGGUGCAAAAUGGAUAAAUAACAGGCUAUUCCAGGCAAACCCGAGAGCCAGCCUCGAAAUGGCUAGGAGAAAAGAAGUUGAUAUACAGAUGCUGAUUAAAAGAAGAUGUCAAAGGAUACUCAAGAUACAAACAACUGAAGCCACUAGGAAUAAGUAA